CACGAAAAGGACUGCGAGCGAUGCCUAGCCGCACCAGAAUUCACUGGGAAUAGUUCCGAGAUCUCCUGCGACCGGUAUACCCGCGUUUCGUGUUUCUCUUUCGCUCAAAUCAUUCAUUUCGAUGUAGCCGCGCGCGAAAAACACUCGCAUUCGAACCUAACCUCACUGUUUCCAUGGCCAACGUGACCGUGGGUGGCGGGAACGUGCCCUCAUCGGCUGACGCCUGUCAAAACAUCGUCCACACGCUCAUGUGUCACCGGCAAGGUGGCGAAAGCGAAGGUUUCUCGCGUAGAGCCAUCGAAUCCCUAGUGAAGAAGUUGAAGGAAAAACGGGAUGAACUGGAUUCGUUGAUAGUGGCCAUAACCACUGGAGGAGCCCAGCCCAGCAAGUGUGUGACGAUUCAGAGGACUCUGGAUGGACGUUUGCAGGUGGCUGCUAGAAAGGGAUUCCCCCACGUGAUCUACGCGCGCAUUUGGAGAUGGCCGGACCUUCACAAAAACGAACUGAAGCAUCUCAAGCUGUGCACUUACGCUUUCGACUUGAAAUGCGACCUGGUCUGUGUCAACCCUUACCACUACGAAAGGGUGGUCUCGCCAGGAUUGGACCUUUCGUCUCUAACCUUACAUUCAGGCCCAGCAAGGACAAAUGGAAUCAUGGAAGUGGAAGGAGAUAUAGGUAUUGGUCAAACGAUUCAACACCAUCACUCCCAUCCAUCUCCGCAUCCUCCGCAUCAGCUCAUCAACCAACCGCCUCCCCAGCAGAGCAUGUUCGGGAUUCACAUGCCUACCAUGCAAAUACCAAAGGAAGAACCUCAUCUACCUCAGGAGCAAGCAAAUGACAUCACAAAUUGGGGAGGGGUCGCCUUACAUCACAUGCCCACAACUCAGCCUGUGAAUAUUCCACCUCAAAUGACUCAGCCUAUCAACAUUACGGCUUCCGAGCAACAAAAUCUGCAUUACUACAACGGAAAACAGGAUCAACCGUCUCAAAACUUACUGGAAAUAUCUCGCACACCUCCAAAUCAACUUCAACCUCUGCAGAAUUCUCAAGUCCAGAACCUGAACAACUCUGGACCCAUUAAAAAUAAUGUUUUUCCAGUCAAUAAUUGGGAGCAGAGACAAAACAUGUCAAUUCAAAAUGAAAAUACCAAUACUGGACUUUUGUCUAAUCAACCUGCUCCGGAGUAUUGGUGCUCAAUAGCUUAUUUUGAGCUGGAUACUCAGGUCGGGGAGACUUUCAAAGUACUCUCGAAGAUUCCUACCGUUUCAAUUGAUGGAUAUGUCGAUCCUAGUAAAGGAAACAGAUUUUGUUUGGGAGCACUCAGUAAUGUUCACAGGACGGAACAAAGUGAGAAAUCAAGGCUUCACAUUGGACGGGGUGUGGAAUUGACACUUAAAGGUGAAGGCGACGUUUGGUUGAGGUGUUUAAGUGAUCAUUCAGUGUUUGUGCAAAGUUAUUACCUAGAUAGGGAGAACGGUAGGCAACCAGGCGAGGCUGUUCACAAGAUAUUCCCUGGAGCAAACAUCAAAGUGUUCGACCUACACCAAUGCCACCAGCAAAUGACGGCACAAGCGGCAACAGCGCAGGCGGCCGCGGCAGCUCAGGCAGCCGCCGUUGCUGGCCAUAUCCCCGGACCCCACUCGGUGGGGGGUAUCGCGCCGGCUAUGAGCCUCUCAGCAGCGGCGGGGAUAGGAGUUGACGAUUUGAGACGUCUGUGUAUAUUGCGUUUGAGCUUCGUCAAGGGUUGGGGUAGGGAUUAUCCAAGAAAAAAGAUUAAAGAGACCCCAUGUUGGAUCGAAGUGCAUUUGCACAGAGCGCUUCAACUAUUGGACGAGGUGUUGCACAAAAUGCCCGUAGAAGGUAGUUGUGGACCAAAAUAGACCGAGGAUGAUUGUUUAUGUUUAAUGUUAUUAACCGAGGAAUAUUUAUUUCCUUCUGUGGUACAACAUGAACCUUGAUUUUGUUUAUUCGAUGUUCUACUCGGGUGAAUUUUAUAAAUAAUACUUUAUAUAACGGAUGCCUUUUAAAUAAGUACAAUUAUUUUACAAUUUUUUUGUGACUUUUUUAAAAAAAAAUUCAAAAACUUUUUAGUACCGCAGAUUCUACCCCCUUGCAAUGUUGCCACAUCUUACGGUGCCCACAUUCUCUAUAUGUGUACAUGUUUUUAAGUUCAGGGUAAUUUUAAUUUUCUAGACAAAAAAUAUGAAAAUUAAUUUCAAACCCUAUUAAUGUGCAUUAUUCAUAAUUCUAGAAAAACGCACAGUACUUGAUUUUUAGUAUUUACAACAACAAUUUUACAACUAAAAUAACAAAUCUUAACGAUUAUUGAAGCUUCUGAUACGUUCACCAUAUUUCUAAGUAUUUUCAAUCAAGUGCAUACUUUCUUGUACAUGUGGCAACACAGGUUGUUAAAUAAAUUAGAGUCGCCUGAUUACCGAUCGUUACCGGCGGUUCUCAAAAUGUGUGUGUAAUCAUUAUUUAUUUAAAUUUUCCUAAGUUAAAAUAAAUUAUAAACAGCCUAACUAACUUUCUAAAAUUCUAAAUAGAUAAUUUGUUUCUUUAGUCCAGAUCCUGCACUUAUUUAACAGACAUCCUGUAUAGUGUGGUCCAUUUUGGUAUACUUCUCAAUUCUAAAUGAUUUAUAUUUAUAUCCACCUUCUUUGAAUUGAAAGACACAAAAAUUUUUUUCUUAAAAAUUAUAGUUUUUCAUUUAUGUUCCUUACUAGGGUUUUACCAGAAAAUAAACUGGACUGCUUUAAAUAUACAGGGCGAGUCUUAAAUAAAUGCUAAUAUUUUUAAGGGUGGUAUAUUUCGAUUCCAGGAACACGCCUGUGUGUUUUUUUCGCAAAAACAUCUUGAAGUUAUGCUUUUUCUUUUUAAUUUUCCUCUAUAUUAUUAUCUAUAUCUUGAUCUCUGAUAUUACUAUGGUUAAAGCCAGGGUUCGGAAAACUACAUGUUACUUUUAAAAACUACAUAAACUACAUUACAUGUAGUUAAUGUAGUUUAUGG